AUGGCAAUCGAUCAGAACGAACCUGCUGAAGAGUUCAGCGACUAUGAGAAGGUCUACCUUCAAAUGUCACGGGCCUUCAAACCCAUCGGCAAGGAGCACUGGGGCAUUCACUGUGUCUGCUCCAUAGCAUCGAACUCUACAGAGCACAAGUUCACCAAGACCGAUGUCAGAGCUGCAUGGAAGUGCCUUGCAGUCGAAUUUCCCGGCCUUACCGUCCGCCCUGUUGAAUUCACAAAGCACUUCGAGACUCUGAACGAAAAUGUUGUCGAAGAUUGGGCGGAGGCGACAUUCUUCUCUUCGAAUGACAGCACGGCAGACGAAAUCAUUCAAUCGAGUGGUCCACGAGAUCUUCCAAGCUUGUACUUCCUCCCGAAAUCAAUGGAACUGGUCUUUCUCAGCCAACACUGGCGGACGGAUGCUCUGGGCUGCUGCAUGAUCUUUGACAAGCUGAUCGAGCACCUAGCUAAGAAGACAUCGCCGGUCGAGCUUCUCGCAGAAUCUAGACGCUGGCCGUCACCAUGCUUGGAGACGGCAGCUGGAGCUUCUUUCGACGUGGACGAGGAGACCAAGAAGUAUGCAAAGGACACCAUCUCAUCGUUCCACGCCAAGGCUGUGCAAUCUGGAGGACUGCCAUAUCAGGGCGACAACAAACUGUUACCUGGCAAGACACAGCACCGAGAACUUGCUCUGUCUGUUUCACAGAGCGACUCCGUGGUGGAAGCUUGCAAAAAGCAAAACAUCAGUGUCUCCGCUGCAGUCCACACAGCUCUAGCACGCACUUACUUUUCCUUCGCCGAAAGCAACGAAGACAAGCAGAAGGGCUAUACUACCGUCAUGGCCACCAACGCUCGGCCACAUCUUCAGCCUCCAUACAACGAGCCCGCACACGCCUGCCAGACGUACGUGGCAAGCAUUACGCCAACCGUACCCUACGACUCUGACUUUGUUUCUGCCGCUCGCGAGCUUUCGAACGAGUACAAAACUUGGUGCACCCCCCAACUCAUGAAAUCCCUCUGCUGGGCCUACAAGUUCCAUCGAGAUGCUUUGUUCGCGGCAGGGCCACCAGCAAAGCCUCCAAGUGGCGUUACGCUCAGCAGUCUGGGAGUCGUCGAGAAGUUCUUCCCUGGCCAGUACGGGGAUAUUGAGGUCGAGAAUUUCCGAUUUGGGGUUUCGAUGAUGACCAGACAGACGCUGCUGUAUGCGUGGACAUUCAGAGGGCAGCUGACAUUGUCGUUGGAUUACAAUGAGGCGUAUUAUGAAGAAAGCAUGGUACAGGAAGUGUUGGAGCGAGUGAAGAAGCAUCUGGGCGAGGGAUUGCAAGUACUUCUGUAG